AUGCCGCUGCUCAUCAAUUUCGAGACAAAGUCGGCGCGGGUUAAAGGCGUCAGCUUCCACCCGACGCGACCAUGGGUGCUCGCCUCGCUGCACAACGGCCACAUCCAGUUGUGGGACUACCGGAUGAAGCUGCUCAUCCACCGCUUCGAGGAGCACGACGGCCCCGUGCGCGGCAUCUCCUUUCACCACGAGCAGCCGAUUUUCGUGUCCGGCGGCGACGAUUACAAGAUCAAGGUCUGGGACUACAAGCAGAAGCGCUGCAUGUUCACACUCAACGGCCAUCUCGACUACAUUCGCACCACGUAUUUCCACGAGAAGCACCCGUGGAUCAUUUCUUGCUCUGACGACCAAACGGUGCGCAUCUGGAAUUGGCAGAGCCGGAAGAGCCUGGCCGUCAUCACCGGGCACAACCACUACGUGAUGUGCGCCCAGUUCCACCCCACCGAAGACCUGAUCGCCUCGGCGUCGCUCGACCAGACGGUGCGGAUCUGGGACUUCAGCGAGCUGCGCAAGAAGCACACGGCCGGCUGCGGAUCGAGCCCCAAGGAUCACGCGAACCGAGCUCAGCAGGCCGAGCUCUUUGGAAAUCCGGAUGUGGUGGUGAAGCACGUGCUCGAGGGCCACGUCCGCGGCGUCAACUGGGUGUCUUUUCACCCGACGAAGCGUCUCCUCAUGUCAUGCGCCGACGAUCGUGAGCUGAAGCUGUGGUCGAUCAACGGCGGCAAGGCGUGGGCCGUCGACCAAUGCCGUGGCCACUACAACAACGUCUCGGCGGCCAUCUUCCACCCGCGCGCCGACCUCAUGCUGUCCGUCGCCGAAGACAAGUCCAUCCGAAUCUGGUGCCUCGCGAAGCGCACGAUGCUCCACGCCUACCGCCACGAGGUCGAGCGUUUUUGGUGCAUCACCGCCCACCCGAAGCUGAACCUGUUCGCGGCUGGCCACGACAACGGCAUGAUCAUCUUCAAGAUCCAGCGCGAGCGCCCGCCGUACUGCGUCUUCGAGAACCUGCUCUUCUACGUCAAGGAGAAGGAGAUCCGGCGGCUGGACUUGACGACGAACAAAGACGACGCGGUGAUGCAGCUGCGAGCCGUCGCCGCCUUCAUGCGCCCUUUCGUGUCGUUGGCGUACAACCCAGCCGAGAAAUCCUUCCUCCUCACCUCCCGCAGCCCCGACAAGGAGAACGUGGGCAGCAUCGACCUGUACAAGCCGGCCGCCGACGGGACAGCGCCGACAGUCGUGCGAGCCAUGGGUGGUGGAGCCGUUUGGGUGUCGGCCAAUCGAUUCCUGGUGCUCGAUAGGGAGUUGCAGGUCUCGCUGCGCGAUCUGGACAACAAGGAGGUGCGCAAGAUCGAGCCGGAGCACAUGAGCAAGCUGAAGCUGAAGAACCUGUUCUUUGCCGGCGUUGGAUUCGUGCUCCUCUCGAAUGAAGAUGGGAUCCACAUGCUCGACGUCCAAAACAAGCGCGUUCUGGCCACUCUCAAAACGUCGAAGGUCAAAUACGUCAUUUGGUCGGCGGAUUACGGGAAGGCGGCGUUGAUCUCCAAGAACACGCUGACGCUCGUCAACAAGAAGCUCGAGGUGCUCCACUGCGUCACCGAGUCGGUCGCCGUCAAAUCCGGCUGCUGGGACGGCCCCGAAGUGUUCAUCUACACCACCAGCAACCAUAUCAAAUACGCUCUGACCGCCGGCGACCAUGGCAUCAUUCGCACGCUCGACGUCCCGCUGUACAUCGCCGUCAUCAAGCAGUCCAACCUCGUCUGCUUGACGCGGGAUGCGCAACCCGUGGAGGUGCCGAUCGACACCACCGAGUACCAGUUCAAGCUGGCGCUGCUCAACCGUCGGAUGGACGAGGUGGAGGCCUGCGUCAAGUCGGCCGAUCUCGUCGGCCAGUCGAUUAUUGGAUACUUGGCGAAGAAGGGCUUUCCCGAGAUCGCGCUCAACUUUGUCAAGGAUCAGAGUACCCGAUUUGGCCUGGCGCUCGAGUGCGGCAACCUGGACGUGGCCCUCGAGGCGGCAAAGGAACUCGACGAUCGCGCCGUCUGGGAAGCCCUUGCCGAAGCGGCGCUGAUGCUCGGCAGCCACCAGAUCGUCGAGCAGGCCUACCAACGGAUGAAGGACUUCGAGAAGCUCGCCUUCCUCUACCUCAUCACCGGCCGGCUCGACAAGUUGGCCAAGAUGCAGCGGGUGGCCGAGAUGCGCAACGACGUCCACGGCGGCUUCCACACGUCGCUGCUCCUCGGCGACGUUGCUGAACGAACGAAAUUAUUGCGCUCCCGCGGCCAAACGUCCCUGGCCUACCUGAACGCGGCGACGCACGGCUUCGACGACGCGGCCGACACGCUGAAGGAGGAGCUCGAGUCCAAGGGCCAACCACUGCCGCCAAUCGACCCGCACGCCCGUCUCCUCGUGCCGCUGCCUCCGAUUUAUACGCUCGAAGACAACUGGCCACUGGACAAGCCGACCGGGGAGCCGCUCGAGGAAUCCGCGUGC